GUCCGGUUCGGGAGACUCAGUGGGUUUGAGGCGGCGUUGUGCGUUACGGGAGCGAUCACGGUGCCGGGAAGGGUCAACCGGGCGAGAUACGAUCAUAUCAUAUUGGAGUGGAUAUGGUGUCGAGGUUGUGGAGAAAUGUUCGAGGGUGAAAGGUUUUAGCUUUGACGAAACGGAGAUGGAGCGUGGUAUAACCAAAGGGAAUGAGCUCGUGAAGUGGAAGAAAGCAAGAGAUAUCUUUGACAGUUGCGCCGGUUUCGCCAUUGAGGUUGCAGUUCACCUAAGAGGGCGUCACAGACCCUUUGUCAAUGCAAGCACUUCCCGUCCUGGCUUUCACUUCAUGUUCUCAUAAGAAGAAGGUCAGCCUGGCUGGCAGGCUGGACGCUUGAGCUCCCUCCUGCUGGACUGGACGGUGGGCUUCCCGCUAGGCUGGAGGAAGGCUUCUGACCGGGCUGGAGGCAGGCUCUCAGGUAGGCUGGAAGGCAGGCUCCCGGGUAGGCUGGAAGGCAGGCUCCCCGUUGGGUUGGAGGCAGGCUCCCACAUGGGUUGGACCGCAGGCUCCCAGUUGGGCUGGAUCGCAGGCUCCCAGCGGGGCUGGUGGUCGGCAGGCUCCUGGCUAGGCUGGAAGGCAGGCUCCCCACUGGG